AUUUUUAGUUCAAUAUUAUUAUUAUUAUUAUUACAGUAAGUGUUGUAUGACUACUGUAUCCACAAAAACAUGCGACUAAUGACCGGACUAUUAAACCGAUUGUUUUUGAAUAGUUGGUCAUCAAGUAGUAGUAGUAUUAGUAGUAGUACUAGUAAUUGGUUGUCUAUCGGUAUCCGUAGUGGCCAUACAUUUCCCCAGUGGGCAAAUCUGCCCCCACAUUACCCGAUCAACGGUACCGGUUCGGUUUACGAUACAAAAAUUAGCCGCAAAAGACAAGUAACUGAUCCGUCGGUGCCGUCCUUCGAGAGACAGACUACCCUGAAAUGGCAGGACUGGCGUAUGCUUAGAGACCUACGGCGUCGGUAUAUCUUUUCCCGUUUUUUCCCGACCCGAACCAUAUUGUAUACGAUACGGAAGUCAAAGUUAAUGCCAUCCAAUAUAAGGGAGUCGGCCUUUGAACAAGAGUGUUGUCUUCCUCGUGAUUCCAAUAUCAAGCAUCUGAACAAUCGCUGUAUAAUCAGUUCCCGAUCGCGCGGUAAUCUUAAACAAUACAAAAUUACUAGACAUCAGUGGCGACUAUUGGCCGACUAUAACAAGUUAUCGGGUGUAGGCAAAGCUAGCUGGGGCUAGA